GGCGGGGCUGGCGGCGGCGGCAGCCAAGAUGGCGGAGCUGGACCUGCUGGGCUCGAUCCUGAGUUCCAUGGAGCCCCCGCCGGGGCUGGGCGACCGCGAGGCCCGACGCGCCAAGGAGCAAACCGCGCAGCUGAAGAAGUUGCAGGAGCAGGAGAAGCGCCAGAAAGUGGAGUUCAGGAAGCGGAUGGAGAAGGAGGUCUCGGACUUCAUCCAAGGCAGCAGCCAGACCAAGAAGAAGUUCCGGCCCAUGAACAAGAUUGAGCGCAGCAUCCUGCACAACGUGGUGGAAGUGGCUGGGCUGACCUCCUUUUCCUUCGGCGACGAAGAGGAGUCGCGCUACAUCAUGGUCUUUAAGAAGGAAUUUGCCCCAUCGGAUGAAGAACUGGACGCCUAUCGCCGGGGGGAAGAAUGGGACCCGCAGAAGGCUGAGGAGAAGCGUCGCCUGAAGGAGCUGGCUCAGAGGCAGGCAGAAGAGGAGGCGCUGAAGGGGCCCACGGCCGUGAACCCCAACACGGACUACAAAGACAAGUACAGCCACCUCAUCGGCAAGGUGGCUGCCAAGGACGCUGCUCACACCAUGGAGGCCAACAAGGCCUAUGGCUGUGUUCCCGUGGCCAACAAGAGGGACACCCGCUCCAUUGAAGAGGCCAUGAACGAGAUCCGAGCCAAGAAACGCCUGCGCCAGAGCGAGGGCCCGGGUCUGCCAACCAACAGCUCGUAGAAUUGCGGGGGUCGUGUUGGGGGUGGCCCCCGCACCGUCCGAGUGCGCUUGAUCACUUCAGGGACUGUCUCCAGAGCUGCUGCUAUUUGUGAAUCCUGUUUGGGGGGCUCCAGAGCGGAUUGGAGUGGGGGUCACUGUGCACCCUCCCCUCCCCAGGGGUGCCCCUCCCCACCCCACCCUCUUUUCCCUUUUGAGUAUUUAACCUGUAGCCUAGGAGUGCGUUUUAAUCCUGGCAAGGGUGAGGGUUAUUUUAAAGUCAUACCAGCUUGGUGAGGGACAUGCCCGCCUCAAGCUGGCCUGGGGGG